AUGUCAUUUCUAUCUACAUUAUCCUUGAAAUCUAAAAUUGGUCUAGGAGUUAUACUUGGAUAUACAUCAUUUGAAGUUUAUUUCCAAAUUCGAACUCAAUAUUUAAUUAAAAAACGACGAGAUGAGUAUAAUGCAACAAGUUCAGAUAUUGAUAAAUUUAAAAGUGCUUCUGUAGCAGGAAUGUUUAUAAAUCCAUUUAGUGAAUAUCGGCCACAAACAGCAUUUGAAUUCAUAUUAGUUCGAGUAUUUGAAUUUUUUGAAAGUUUAUAUGGUAGUACAUUUGAAAUUCAUAAAAAGAUAGGAAAGAAUAAAACUGAAAUUGAAGAUAUGUUAAAGACAUACACUCCUGAUCUUGAACUAUACAGAUCAAACUCAAAAAUACUCCAGGAAUGCAUUGAGUCAAAUAAUUUCAAAAAUUUGUUAUCUUCAACUUCCCACGGCAUAACUUUGAAUAAUCAAUUAUUAGUAUCUUGGCUUGGUCAAUCAUGUACUUUAUUUCAAAUUAGUGGAGUUAAUUUUUUAACAGAUCCAAUUAUAUCUGAUCAUUUAAUGAAUAAACAUAUUGGUCCAAAACGAUUAAAUAGAUCACCAAUGACUUUCGAAGAUAUACAAUAUGCAACUAACAGUAAUCUCAAUUUCAUUUUAGUAUCCCAUGAUCACCCUGACCAUUUAGAAUUAGAACUAGCCUCCAAAAUAAAUAACAAUAGUAUUUGGAUAGUUCCAUUGGGUUUGAAAUCAAAAUUAUCACGUCGUGGAAUUUAUAGAAUUAUAGAAAUGGAUUGGUGGGAGAAACUAGAUAUAACUCAAUACAUUAACUCCAAUCUACCAGAUAAGUUUGAAAUUGAAUGUUUACCAUCGAUGCACUGGAGUGGAAGAUACGUACUUGAUUCAAAUAAAUCAUUAUGGUGUUCAUUCGUGAUAAAAAAAAAUGGAGAGUCGGUGGUUUAUCAUGCUGGUGAUACUGGAUACGCUCAAGAGUUGUUUGAAUUAGUAGGUAAGAGAAUCAGUCCUGUUUUUUUAUCAUUGUUGCCUAUUGGACAAUAUUGCCCUCUGUUUCAUCAAAAACCAAGACAUAUUUCACCAAGUGAGAGUUUGAAAAUAUGUGAACAUUUGAAAAGUAAACAUAUGAAAGGUAUUCAUUGGGGGACGUUUAAAUUGAGUAGUGAGCCGAUUUUGGAACCUAAAAUUUUGUUAACUAAAUUAGCUAAUGCUAUUGAUAUGGGGAAAUAUUAUAAGGUUCCUGAUUUUGGAUUGACUUAUUUAUAUGAUUUGAAGACUGAAAAAGAAUUAGAAUUAUAUUAG